AUACACUAGUUUGAAAAAAAAGAAUGCUAAUGUUGGAUCAAAGGAUCAGAGCAAUAAGUCUGUAACAGGAUUUUCAUGCGAACAGAGAUCCUUCCACGUAUUACUCUUGAACAACACCGUCUCCAGCGGGGAGUUUAGCAGCGUAUUAGCACCAGAGUUGUGGCAUAUUGUGUUCAUCCGUCUUCGUUUCCUCUUAAUGUGACCUAAUUCAAACAAAUGAGAAUGUCUCUCUACAGUUUUAACCAGCUUGAUUAAGACAUUUGAAACACACCAUUGGUGGUUCAAUCCAUCCGAGAUCCUGUUUGGUGCUGCGACUGGGUGAAGAGCAGAUGCUUAACAUGCAUUACUCUUAAUAUUUGCAUGGGCUGCUCUGUAGCAUUAUGGUUUAAUUAUGUAUUGGCUCCUACUUUGUGCUACUUGAUUGUAACUAGUGUGACUUACUAGGAAAAAAAGAAAUCUGUCUUAUCUUCUGAUGGCUUUAUUGUUGCCUGUGGGUUGUUACAGCUAUACAAUCUGGCCACAACUUACUUUUUUUAACCUCUCCAACAGAUUUCACCCUGACUUGAAGCUGUCGAAGUCGCAGCUCUUGUUGCUCCGGGCAGCGCACCCCCCAGCUGCGCUCCGCGACUGCAUACAGGCCAUCGAGACUGCAGCGGGACACAAAUCCGUGGCCUCUGCCCUGUCCAGGCUCAGCCUCUACUUGUUGUUUAACAGACUGGCUCUCCCACAUGUUCCCACCCACAGCUGCAGAGACAUCCUCCAGUUGCUCGGCUGGCAGACAGUGUUGACCAGGUUUCUCCAGGUGCGCCCGGCCUCUGUUGAGGAUGAAAGGUUGCUGGUGGGAAUUGUGACAUUUUUGAAUGCCUACUUCAAACAAAUUCCCACAGAGUGUACCUCUGACCAAGGGGACCAGGACCUACGCUGGAUACUGGAGCUGCUUCUGAACCAGGAGACUGCUGCUCUUCUUCAUUUGCUUCUUGGUAUGGAGUCGCAGAUGUUGACUCAGAGUUUAGAAGAUCCUGAGGAGAUUAAGAGCCACGUAAACCAGAGGCUGCAGAGAGAACUCAUAAAGUUCUUUAACACGCUUCUGAUCAGGCUGUCGAACACAACUGACAGGCUAUGUUUGGCAUUAGCAGGUCCCUUUAAGAGCCAGCUGGCGCUGCGCUUGCUGCAGAGCUUGCGGUUGUCUGAUGCCCCGCGUUUCUAUGGCCUUCCCAGCCUGGAGAGGGCACUGCAGGGCAUGGUCAGCCUGACUUCCCAGCCUGGCUGGAGCUCCCACUGCCCUGACCUGGAGCCCAGCUCCCUCUGCUCCAAAUAUCUCAGUGGAUUAUUAGAGGUGAUUUCUUCAUUUUACGUUGAGUGGAGAGGGAACUCCUUGUCAUUCAUGGGGAAAGGUGUGACAAAGAACGCCAUUAUUUGCUUGCUUCACCUGUCCCAUGAGAUGAUGAUGGAAAACAAGGAUAAGGACUUCAUAAGCCAGUGGUCUUUUGGGACUAAUGGCACCACAGAGGAGAGUAGCGGCUCUCAGCUUGGUUUGGCGUGGCUUAUCCCUCUCUGGGUGGACCGAGAUCAAGAGGUGAGGUUUGCCAGUCUGAGUUUAGGCGCUGCUCUCUCCUCCAUGCCCAGUGGCUGCCAGAUUCUGUGUGCCAGCUGUCAGAACAUCAGCGGAGGUCUGUGGGGCACGCUGCUCAACAUCCUCUUGGAUCAACAGGAGAGCAGCAUGGUUCGCAGAGAGGCUGUGUUUAUCUUGCAGAACUUGCUGGUGAUGCCUAUGCCUGCCAACGCAGAGGAGGCCAAGGACUCCCACUGGCAGCACCCAUGUGUCCAUGAUGAGGUUUCCGGUGUGUCUUUGGUGGGUCUUCCGGCACUGCAGGCUCUGCUUUACCACUGUCAGUAUUUCCACAGUGUGGCUCUCUCUGCCUCGACUUGCUACUGUGGCAGGUACACCUUCGACCUGCUGCCACGGCCUGGUGGGAGCGAUAAUCCCAGCCUUCAGGAAAGCUCUUUAGCUGAUUCAGAAAAUUCCCUGCUGCCUUGGAGAUGUGACCCCGCACCUAGUGUCAACUCUGGAAGGAGUUUCGGCUCCCUUUCUACUUUAAGCACUGCAGUCAGCAAUGCUCUAAGUAAAAGUUCAAGGCUGAACACUCUCAAAGUUUCCUCCCCAGUCGACAUCCCAGACUGUACUCCUGCCAGACUGAUGGCUCAAGGUCAGAGUGAUAGAGACACAAGCAACUCAAGUGCCUCACAGGACUCCCAGCCAGUCAAGUCCUCAGGCAUGGAAGCGGUUGUCAUAGUAACUCCUGACCUCUUGACGGCCCACUGUGGCCUGCUGUAUAAUCUGCUGUCCGUCCUGCCAGACUUCACCCUCUCUGCCAUGCAAGAAAACCAGCUACUGCCGGUUCUGAGCAGUGUGGUCGAUGUCGAACUCAUGGAGAAAUGUCUGAGCGAGCUCAGGUCUCCCGGCAUCCUUCCCGGAAUCAGAGAAGACGUCAAGCGUCAGUUUGUCACGGCUCUUCGGUUCCUGUCGAGCUUUUGCAAACUGCUGCAGUCUUGUGUCGUGGCAAGCAAGGAGCUGAUUGGCCAGAUGGACUUCCUGAAGCUGCUGUUGCCUAAUCUGGUGGCUGCACUUAUGCUGGAUGCCAAAUUAUUAGACGCAGGUACGUGGGACGCGGUUUGCGCGUGCUGGACAGACGUGUUUACGCUGCUGGCUACUCUGGUGAGGAGAGGCGGCUCGGCAGCUCACCCAUCUGUCUCCGCCGCGCUGGGCAGAUGCUGGCGGACAUUCGCAGGAACAUUAUCGCAGUGUCUGGAUGAGAAAAAGGCAGAUUUGCUGCUCCACACAGCAGCUCUGCAGUUCCUCUCCACAGUUUUCACAGAGGAGACGAGGCUCUGCGGCACAGAACUCAAAAGCUCCACAUCCAAGCACAGCAGCACUCUGUCAGAUAUCCUAAAUGGUCCCUCUGCCAGUGAGCUGUGUGAACUGCUAUUGCAGAGCUUUGAGAAAAGGACCCUUCAGGACCCUUUAAAGAAGCUCACAGCCAGAGCUCUGAUGACGCUUCUGGCCUGCAGUCCCACAGCUCAAAACCACGCAGCCACUGCCGGUUUAAUUGACAGCUGUGUGGAGCAGCUGAAGCAGACCCAUUCCCGCCUCCACCUGGAGUCCAUCCGACCCAGCAAGGCUUCUACUCGCAAAAAGGACGGGGGCCAUUUAAAAGAAGUCAAGCUGACUGCAGGGAUCCUGCGGAGCGCUCUUUAUUGCAACGAUGAAUGCAAAGUGGUUGCUAUGGAUGCCCGUUUAGCUCUGAGACUCUACGCUCUGUGGCCGUGGCUCUUAUUGGACGACCCCACAAUGGAAGCGGUCCUGGAGCUCCUGUGUGUGUACACCGCCGACAGCCAGCCAGCAUGCAGUUCCCUCUGUGGCAGCAGCCCCAGUGGGGUGCCAGGAUCUAAGGGCUCCUCCAACGCCUCUCUGAUGCACUCGGUCAUGAAGCUGAGCUCUCUUGCCCCAGACAACAGCCCCAUCCAGAAUCUAUGCUUCUCUCUCCUGACUAACCUGGUUGUGUCACGAGACUGUAGGUGCAUCCUGCAGAAGAAUAAUUUCAUUCAAGCCUUCCUGUCGGUGCCGGUCCCUAAGGUGGCUGCUGCUAAGGCCUCAUCGGUCGGUGGCGGUGGGAACCUCCUGAGCCUGUGGCUGAGAUUCCUAGUCAGCCUGUCCGCCACAGAGGACGGGCAGCAGAAUAUUCUGAAAUUGUCUGGAGUUCUGGAACUGCUGGCCGAACUGGCGCCGCAUCGACCACACGCACUGCUCACCUUUCACAACCUCUGCUUCUGCCCCGCCGUCAAAUCACACGUCGUGACUAAUGAUAAAGCCAUGAAAGUUUUGUUACGGUGUUUGGAAAGUAAAGAGCUGGAGACCUGCUGUAUCGGAGCGUCUGCACUGUGGGCUCUACUCCACAACAAUCAGAGGGCGAAGACUGUACUGAAAUGUCCAUCUGUUCGAUUAAAAAUCCAGGAGGCACUGACCGUCUCCAAGAAAGAUGCAGAGAAGAAGCAGGAACCUUUGAACUCCUACCUGCAGAAGUGCCUGGAUCAACUUUCCCAGCUGCUAAAAAGUUGAAUGUAACUGACUAUUUUAAUUGUGUAGUUUUGUAUCAUGUUUUGUCAUCUAUGAAAUAUGUCAUUUGGAUAUUAAAGUGAUGUCAACCUUU